AUGGCACCCGCAAAGAAAUCCGACCAAGAGAUCUCCGCCGAGUUCACCUCAUACUACCUCCAACGAGCGACCCAAGAGUUCGCUGAGGACCUCGACAAGGUUCGCGCCGCCGACGACUUCAAGAAUGACGCCUUGCAAAUUCUCGUAAGCGCUUUGCAGCAGGGGACGGCACUCUUCUCGCCGGAGGAGCAGCGUAGAAUUGUCACGGCCGCUCCCCUCGAGGAUCCUAGCAAGAAGUGA